UUGUCAUAUUGAGCAAGAGAUUUAUACAAUUCAGAAAUGGCUUGUGGAUGUUCAUCAACAGCAAUGGCAGAGAAGAUUUCAUGGAACUGUGCUUUGUUUGUGGCAUUGAUGUUGGUUUUGAGCUUCUGCGAAUCAAACACAAGUGAUGAUGAGUUGAAUGUUCAGAUACAGAAUAUGCUUCAAGAGAAUGAUUUUAGUAAUACUCAUGUGAACAAAAACAAAGUGUGUGAUGAGAUAUACGUUGUUGGCGAGGGAGAGACACUUCAAACAAUAAGUGAAAAGUGUGGUGAUCCUUAUAUUGUUGAAGAGAAUCCACAUAUUCAUGAUCCUGAUGAUGUUUUCCCUGGCCUUGUUAUCAAAAUUAACCCUUUCUCUGUUAGUUCAUAAAUAUGUUUCAGCUUUCAAUUUAAUCAGGACUAUGUGUUUUUAAAAUUGAAGGUUCUCUGUAUGUAACCAAUCCAGGCUAAUUUGAAUAUUUGUGUAAAAUGUUCAUGUUUGGCUAAAAAAAACAUUUAUGUAAUCUUUUAUGAAAAUUUUAUAGUA